GCUGAGGCGUGGUAGGAAGUGGUAGCCGUCAAUCACGAGGGGAGACUCCAAACAGUGAGCCUUGAGCUGGAGAACAGCGUUUACCGGCGGGGCGGCCGGUUUAGUGAAUGAAGCUAUGGCUACAGAUUCUCCCAGAAGACCCAGUCGUUGUACUGGUGGAGUUGUGGUUCGCCCCCAGGCUGUCACGGAGCAGUCCUACAUGGAAAGUGUUGUGACUUUUCUACAGGAUGUUGUACCACAGGCUUACAGUGGAACACCUCUGACAGAAGAAAAGGAGAAAAUAGUCUGGGUCAGAUUUGAAAAUGCAGAUUUAAAUGAUACAUCAAGAAAUCUGGAAUUUCAUGAAAUACACAGCACUGGGAAUGAGCCGCCUCUGCUGAUUAUGAUCGGCUACAGUGAUGGAAUGCAAGUCUGGAGCAUCCCGAUCAGUGGGGAAGCACAGGAGCUCUUUUCUGUUCGACAUGGCCCCAUUCGAGCGGCUAGAAUCUUGCCUGCUCCACAGUUUGGUACUCAAAAGUGUGACAACUUUGCUGAAAAAAGGCCCCUCCUUGGUGUUUGUAAGAGCACUGGAUCUUCUGGCACAAGUCCACCUUACUGUUGUGUAGAUCUAUAUUCACUUCGUACUGGUGAGAUGGUCAAGUCUAUUCAGUUUAAAACACCUAUCUAUGAUCUCCACUGCAACAAGCGGAUCCUCGUUGUAGUCUUGCAGGAGAAAAUUGCUGCCUUUGAUAGCUGUACUUUCACAAAAAAAUUUUUUGUCACAAGCUGCUAUCCGUGCCCAGGGCCCAACAUGAAUCCUAUUGCUCUUGGGAGCCGUUGGCUUGCUUAUGCAGAAAACAAGUUGAUUCGAUGUCAUCAGUCCCGUGGUGGAGCCUGUGGAGACAACAUUCAGUCUUAUACUGCCACAGUCAUUAGUGCUGCUAAAACAUUGAAAACUGGUCUGACAAUGGUCGGGAAAGUAGUGACUCAGCUGACAGGCACGCUGCCUUCAGGUGUGACAGAAGAUGACGUUGCCCUCCAUAGUAAUUCAAGGCGGAGUCCUCUGGUUCCAGGCAUUAUCACAGUAAUUGACACUGAAACCGUUGGAGAGGGCCAGGUGCUUGUGAGCGAAGAUUCUGACAGUGAUGGUAUCGUGGCCCACUUUCCUGCUCAUGAGAAACCAGUGUGCUGUAUGGCAUUUAAUACAAGUGGAAUGCUUCUAGUUACAACAGACACCCUUGGCCAUGACUUUCAUGUCUUCCAAAUUCUGACUCAUCCUUGGUCUUCGUCACAAAGUGCUGUCCAUCAUCUGUAUACUCUUCACAGGGGAGAAACUGAAGCCAAAGUACAAGACAUCUGCUUCAGCCAUGACUGUCGCUGGGUUGUGGUCAGUACACUCCGGGGGACUUCCCAUGUUUUCCCCAUCAACCCUUAUGGUGGCCAGCCUUGUGUUCGAACACAUAUGUCACCACGAGUUGUGAAUCGUAUGAGCCGUUUCCAGAAAAGUGCUGGGCUGGAAGAGAUAGAACAAGAACUGACGUCUAAGCAAGGAGGUCGCUGUAGCCCUGUUCCAGGUCUAUCAAGUAGCCCUUCUGGAUCACCUCUGCAUGGGAAACUAAACAGCCAAGACUCCUACAAUAAUUUUGCCAACAACAACCCUGGCAACCCUCGGCUCUCUCCUCUCCCCAGCUUGAUGGUAUUGAUGCCUCUUGCACAAAUCAAGCAACCAAUGACAUUGGGGACCAUCACCAAACGAACAGGGCCUUAUCUGUUUGGAGCGGGGUGUUUUUCCAUAAAAGCUCCAUGCAAAGUUAAACCACCUCCACAAAUUUCACCCAGCAAAUCAAUGGGCGGAGAAUUUUGCGUGGCUGCAAUGUUUGGGACGUCCAGAUCGUGGUUUGCAAAUAAUGCAGGUCUGAAAAGAGAAAAAGAUCAGUCCAAACAAGUUGUCGUUGAAUCUCUCUACAUUAUUAGCUGCUAUGGGACCUUAGUGGAGCACAUGAUGGAGCCACGACCACUCAGCACUGCCCCCAAGAUUAGUGAUGACACCCCACUGGAAGUGAUGACAUCACCUCGAGCCAGCUGGACUCUGGUUAGAACUCCUCAAUGGAAUGAAUUGCAACCACCAUUUAAUGCAAACCACCCUCUGCUCCUCGCUGCCGAUGCAGUCCAGUAUUAUCAGUUCCUGCUUGCUGGCCUGGUUCCCCCUGGAAGUCCUGGGCCCAUUACUCGGCAUGGGUCCUAUGACAGUUUAGCUUCUGACCAUAGUGGACAGGAAGAUGAAGAAUGGCUUUCUCAGGUAGAAAUUGUAACGCACACCGGACCCCACAGACGUCUGUGGAUGGGUCCACAGUUCCAGUUCAAAACCAUCCACCCCUCAGGCCAAACCACAGUCAUAUCAUCUAGUUCAUCUGUGUUGCAGUCUCAUGGUCCAAGUGAUACUCCACAGCCCCUUUUGGAUUUUGAUACAGAUGAUCUUGAUCUCAACAGUCUCAGGAUCCAGCCAGUCCGCUCUGACCCAGUCAGCAUGCCAGGGUCAUCCCGUCCAGUCUCUGAUCGAAGGGGAAUUUCCACCGUGAUUGAUGCUGCCUCAGGUGACGAAAACCCCAGGCAUACUUGUACCUUGAGUAUUCAAAGCCUAUGUGGGAUCAGUAAGAGGAUUAUGGAUGAGGAUGAAAUUAAAAGAAGGCUUAGUCGUGAACUGUGAACAGUCCCUCAGAGAGGAAAAAGGAGGAUGUUAGAAGAUGAAAUUCAAGUUAACAAUGUGGAAAAUUUUAGCUCAGCACAAUUAAGAAAAAAAAGUGCCCCACUUGAAGAUGAAGAAAUUGUAAACAGAAGUAGAAGAAGCUGUUGGGAAAGCUUUUUUCUGCUGACACAUUGCUUCUUUGAAUAAAUCUUUGUGUCAACUAAAACCUCGCCUUUGCUUUCUCUAUUGCAAGCACCAAGUCCUUGACAUGACUUUAAGUCUUUCCUAAGCAUUUUGAGAAGGAAUUGAUGGAAUUCUCCCUACUGUUGAUACACCGGGGUGCCACAUAUUUACAAGGGGCUUUUUGGCCAAAAGACCCAACUUUCCUUUUUUGUACCUUUAUUACUACAUCUUUAAUACAAGGCUGGACUGUUUAUGCAGUCUGUUGCCUGAGACUGUGGUGGCAGAGGGACAAUAUUGGGGGCAGUAUUAGAAUUUGUUUAAGUCUGAACCGGGAAUUCCAUUUGUCUUAGUGACGUUAGUGUCAAACUGUUAGUGCCACGCUAUUUUAAAUUGUGUCCAAGAGCCUGAGAGGCUUAUGCUUAUAGGUGCCAUCUAUAAACUUAGAAAGAAACAAAAGAGUCUCUUUCCAUUGAAUAUAUAAGCCCAGUGAGCAAUUAAAAAGCAGCCUGGGACCUCACCCGGGCAACUAGUCGGAACCAGAGCUCAUGAUAGUCCCCUGGAUAUUGUUGAAAACUGUCAGAGAAAAGCUAAAGCAAAUAAUCGAAGUGAAAAUAAUUGUUCCCAGGAAAAAGUCUUGUUUUGUAAAGUUGGUGUAGUGUAAAGAAUAGAGACUAGUAACUUGUGAAUCUUUGGCUCUGUUCUCAACUUUGCCUGUAAUUACCUGUUUGGGAAAUUGCUUCAAAACCCAAGACUUUUCUACCAUAAAAUGAAGGAAUUGAAGUAGAUUAUUUCCAAAGCCCCUUCCAGCUUGAGAAAUUGAUAAACUUGUACUUUGGAUCACCUUUGAAGAAUUUUUAAAAAUCAGGGUAAAAUUUAUAUGUAGCAGAAAUGUACAUAUCUUAAUCAUACAACUUGAUGAAUUUUUAUACCUAUGUAUAUCACUACUCAGAAUAAAUUAGAAUAUUUCCAUCAUUCCAGAAAUUUCCUUCAUGCCCCUUCCAGUCAAUACUACCUUUGAGCUAGAGAUGACCACUAUGAGUUUUAUCAUCAUAAAUUAGUUUUAUCUGUAUUAAACUUUAUAGAUACUUUUUUGUGUCUGGCUUCUUAAUGGUUUUGAGUUCAUCCAGGUGUUACAUGUGUUACUAGUUCCUUUUUUUACAUUGCGAUGUAGUACAAAUAUAACACAGUUUAUGUAUCCAUUGUCCUGGGAGCCUGGGUGGCUCAGUUGGUUAAGUGGC